AUGAAUGAAGAAAAGUUAAAUUGUACAUUUUUAAUAGUAGGUGGUGGUAUUGCUGGAGUAUCUUGUGUUGAAAGUAUAGCUUUUCUUGCUCCAGAAGAAAAAAUCAUUCUAAUUACAGCAAGUCCUUUAAUAAAAACAGUCACAAAUAUAAUUCCACUUGGCAAAACUUUAAUGCAAUUUGAUAUAGAAGAAAAAGAUAGUACAGUUUUGAUGAAAGUACAUGAUUUAUUAAAAAUUAUUAAUGAUUUAGUAAUAAAAAUAGAUAGUUUAAAUAAACAAGUAGAAACUAAAAAUGGAAAAAUUAUAAAUUAUAAAAUGUUAUGUCUUUGUAAUGGUGCUAGACCAAAACUUAUAGAAAAUUAUAAUAAUUUUAUAUUAGGUAUAAGAGAUACAGAAUCAGUUCUUCAAUUUUCUCAAAAAAUAAAAAAUUCAAAAAGAAUUGUAAUAGUUGGAAAUGGAGGUAUUGCAACUGAAAUUGUGCACGAAGUAGAUGGUCUUGAAAUGAUAUGGGUAAUUAAAGAUAAACAUAUUUCCGCAACUUUUGUUGAUCCUGGAGCUUCAGAAUUUUUCAUGAACAAAAUAUACAAAAAUGAUACAUUUGUACAUACUAAUGUAAGUUCUUUAACUAAAAGAAUGAGAUAUACUAUCUCUGAUAUUACCGCUGUAGCAGAUGGACCAGCUUUAGGUCCAGAUUGGCAUAACAAUUUUGAUAUAAAAAGUACUUACCUUAAAUCUGCAAAAAUACAAAUAGAAUACGAAUGUGAGGUAAUUAAAAUUCUUAAUAAAUCAGAACAAAAAGAAUUUGAUCCUAUGGAAGAAUGGCCUAUAUAUGUUCAAUUAACAAAUGGAAAAAUUAUUGGUUGUGACUUCAUUGUAUCAGCAACUGGUGUAAUUCCAAAUUCUGAUAUAAUAGGUUUGGAAGAUAUAAAAAAGGAGAAAGAUGGAGGAUUAUUGGUAGAUUGGAAAUUAGAAACUUCUAAACAGGAUAUAUAUGCUGCUGGAGAUGUAUGUAGUGCAGGGUGGGUAUUAGCAAAACAUUGGUUUCAAAUGAGAUUAUGGACUCAAGCACAUCAAAUGGGUCGAUAUGCAGCAAAAUCAAUGGUUUCUAAAAUGAAAAAUGAAGAGUUUCUACAAGAUUUCUGUUUUGAACUUUUCACUCAUGUAACUAAGUUUUUUGGUUACAAAGUAGUUUUACUUGGUUUAUAUAAUGGACAAAAGUUGGAUAAUAAUUAUGAAGUAUUAUUACGAAUAACUAGAGGAGAAGAAUAUAUAAAACUUAUAUUAAAAAAUGGUAAAAUGCAAGGAGCAGUUUUAAUUGGAGAUACUAAUUUAGAAGAAAUGUGCGAGAAUUUAAUACUUAAUCAAUUAGAUUUAAGUGUUUAUGGAGAAGAUUUAUUGAAUCCUGAUAUUGAUAUUGAGGAUUAUUUUGAUUAAUUAUAUAUAUAAAAUUUAUUAAGUUAAGAUUAAUAUAUAUAAAAUUUAUAUAAUAUAUUUUAUUAAUUUAAUAUUCAUAAAAUAUGCUUUAUUUAAUGAUUAUUUAAAUUAAUUAUUUUAUUUGAAUAAUAUUAUUGUAACUUUACAGACCUUAUAUAAAUUUAAUUAAACAUUCAUACAGAAUAUUUUAUAUAAUAUACAUACGUAAAUAACAUUAUAUAACAGCUAUGAAUAAUAAAAAAUAAAAUAAUAUAGUCACAUAGUAAA